CAUCAAUAUAUGCAAGUUUAAACCCUCCAAAGUCUGCCCUUUUCUCCUCCGCACGGUUCUACUCAACCGACGCAGCUCCAUUCAGCCACCACCGUACUGCCCGAACUCACCGCCCGUAAUAAGAUGGAGUUCAUAAGCCCUGAGGGUCUUCGCUUAGAUGGUCGCCGUCCCAUGGAAAUGAGGCAAAUUCGAGCAGAGAUUGGUGUUGUAUCCAAAGCCGACGGUUCUGCUAUGUUCGAAAUGGGUAACACCAAAGUUAUUGCUGCUGUGUAUGGCCCUAGAGAGGUCCAAAAUAGGAGCCAACAACUGAAUGCCAAUGCAUUUGUGAGAUGUGAAUACACCAUGGCAAAUUUCAGUACCGGAGAUCGGAUGAGAAAACCGAAGGGUGAUAGGAGAUCCACUGAGAUAUCUCUAGUUAUUCGCCAAACUAUGGAAGAAUGCAUUUUGACAAACUUAAUGCCUCGGUCUCAGAUAGACAUUUUUGUGCAAGUUCUCCAAGCAGAUGGAGUUUGCAUUGUGGUACUUCUGUUUAAGGCCAUUCUCAUUAAGGGUCCAAGUAUGCUGAGAGGAACUAGAUCUGCAUGUAUCAAUGCUGCAACCCUGGCCCUUGCAGAUGCUGGAAUUCCAAUGCGAGAUCUUGUCACUUCCUGCAGUGCUGGGUACCUUAAUAACACACCUCUACUCGAUUUAAACUAUAUAGAAGAUAGUGCUGGAGGCGCUGAUGUCACUUUAGGAAUUAUGCCGAAGUUGGACAAAGUGACUCUUCUUCAGAUGGAUGCUAAGUUGUCAUUGGAUACUUUUGAAAAUGUAAUGCAACUUGCAAUAGAAGGGUGCAAGGCAGUUGCAGAUUACAUUAGAGAAGUAAUAUAAGUGCUUUUUACUUCUUCUUUUUUUUCUUUUUUUUUUACUUAUUGUUUUUUUUCAAAUGAAAAGUUAUCUGUUGUCAUGUGGAUGACCACUGCUUAAUGAGUUCUUAUGACAGAUAUUACUGGCGAAUACAAAGCAAUUGGAGUAUCUUCGAGGAACCUAAUUUCAUAGCUUGUUAAGGUGAUAAACAUUCUUGGUUAAUUCUUUAGGAAACUUGAACUGAUGACAACAAUUUUAUCAAGUCUAACAGUCACUUGUGCGCCCAAUUGCCCCCUUUUUUUUUUCUUUUUUUCUUUUAAUUUGUGUUUUGUGAUAUACUUUUAGGCUGGCUACUUUGUAGAUGGUGGGUGGAACUAAGCUAGGAAGAGGACCACACUCGUUUAUUGUACCCCCCAAAUGGAGAGUUUGGUUUGGAAUCUGGUAAUAGUAACAUGGGCGAAAUUGGUUAAUUUUGGUGAGGUGCUGCCCUGCUGCUGAUACUAAGCUACUAACUAAACCAAAAUAUUUGUUUUGGGCCUGAUGUUAUUAUCAUAGUGUGGAGUGUUGACUGUGUUGUUAGUAAGAUAAUCAAAACUCCUUCAUUUUCAUAAGUAUUUUACAUUUCAAACCAUCAAGGAGACAAGUUAGACAUGCCAUUGCUCUUUGAUAUUGAGUUGCAAAUGUCCGGUUUGAAACUGCAGCAAAAGCCGCCUUAUGAGAAGUUCUUGUAUUGAGAUUUCUGGUUAAGUUGAUAGUGUUGUGACAAUCCCUAUCUAGACCAAGAGGCAAUUAGAAAGAAACCCAGGCAAAGUAGAGUUCAUGCAUCAAAGAAGUCAAAAAUUAAGAGCAACAACAGAAGAGGACAUUCUUGACUGUUCUAUUCUAUUCUCACCUGCCUAUUUGUGAUUAUUGGCUAAUAUAAUGCUUUAUUCCCAGUGUGAUUAAG